AUGACUAAGGGUACACAGGCCUUCGGUAAGAAACACGUGAAGUCGCACACGUUGUGCAAACGAUGUGGACGGUCAAGCUUCCACAUUCAGAAGAAGAGGUGUGCGUCAUGCGGUUAUCCGGACGCCAAGAAGCGCAAGUAUAACUGGGGAGCCAAAUCUAUCCGUAGAAGAACAACCGGCACUGGCCGCAUGCGUCAUCUUCGAAGUGUGCACAGACGCUUCAGAAAUGGAUUCCGUGAGGGCACCACUCCCAAGCCCAAGGUCGCCGCUUCUGCCUAA